AUGGCCAACCAGGGUGCUCCGACCUGGACAACCAUCACCGCCCACCAGUUCCAGCACGCACUUGAGGCUUAUGAGCCGCUCAUCCAGAGUAUUUCUGACACCAAGGGAGCCAAGAAUGGCCAGUCUACGUUGCUCGAGCUUGACCACUAUCGCUAUGGCAAGGCCGUCGAUCACUUUUCCCACAGCAAGGAGGGUACUCAGAUGACACUUAAAGAUGUCGAAAAGCUGGUCGAGUGGAAGCUUCGUCAUGGACAGUACCGCCCGACUCUCAUGAAGUUAGUCCAGUCAAACGACCCAGAAGCCAUCCGAGAUAUUGCACGAGACGCCAUCACUGCCUAUAGGCAGGAUGGAAACGUCGCUGCCGCAAUCGAGCUUCUCUCCAAGCCUAGGGGCAUUGGCCCUGCCACCGCGUCACUCCUCCUGGCUGUCCACGAUCCCAAAAAGGCCAUCUUCUUUGCAGACGAGGCCUACUAUUGGCUAUGUUGUGAAGGUCAGAAAAGCCCCAUCAAGUAUACGGCCAAGGAGUAUUUGAGUCUGGACACACGCGCCAAGCAGCUCGAGGCUCGCCUCGGGGUGGAAGCUGUUGACAUCGAGCGCGUCGCCUUUGUGAUCAUGAGAGACCCUAGCUUCACUGCAGGUUCUGCUUCGAGGAAAACCAGCAAAGCGGAUCUUGCUGAGAAGAAGAAACCGACUACCGGAAAGGCGGAGGCCAAGCCCACAAAGAGGAAGAAGAGUUCAGAAACAAGCCCUGUGGAGACGACUUCAUUGAGGCGUUCAAAACGAAGCAAGUCAGCUGGAAAUUCCUGA